ACUGCAGUACCCAAAAAUCACCAAAGCAUCAUCAUAGUAGCUUCAGUUGCAGAAACAGCAAGCUAUUAUGAUGAGAUGAAAUGAAAUGAAAUGGCAGAAACUGCAGUAUCUUUUGUUGUGCAGCAUUUGUGCCAACUUCUAGUAGAAGAAGCGAAUUUGCUCAGAGGGGUCACAAAUGACUUCACAUCUAUCAAAGGUGAACUUGAGAGCAUCCAAGCCUUCUUGAAGGAUGCAGACAGAAGAGCUAGAGAUGAAGGAGACACCAACGAAGGAAUAAAAACGUGGGUGAAGCAACUCAGAGAAGCAUCUUUUCACAUAGAAGAUGUCAUUGAUGAAUACAUCAUGUAUGUUGCACAGAGAAUCAAUCAUCAUGGAUGCUUAGCCUCACUCCAAAAGAUUGUUCACGUGAUCAAAAAUUUGAAGCAUCGUCAUAGGAUUGCAUCUGAGAUUCAAGACAUCAAAUUUUCUGUUAAUGGAAUCAAAGAAAGAGGUGAAAGUUACAAGUUUCAGCGGUCUUCACAUGAACAAGGAUCAAGCAGCAGUGGAAUAUGGAAUGAUCCUAGAUUGGCUUCCCUUUUCAUUGAAGAAGCUGAAAUUGUUGGAUUCGAAAACCCAAGGGAUGAACUUGUUGGUUGGUUAGUGGAUGGAGCAACAGAGCGCACCGUGAUUUCUGUUGUUGGAAUGGGGGGACUUGGAAAAACCACUCUUGCCAAAAAUGUUUUUGAGAACCAGCAAGUGAAAGGGCACUUCGAUUGUCAUGCAUUCAUCAUAGUUUCUCAAUCAAAUUCAAUAGAAGGCUUGUUGAAAAACUUGAUGAAAGAGUUUUGCAAGGUGACUGAGGAGCCUCUUCCUCAAGGAAUAAACACAAUGGACAAGAUGUCACUCCUUUCUGUAGUGAGGCAUUACCUGCAGGGAAAGAGGUAUGUAAUCUUCUUUGAUGAUGUAUGGAAAGUAGAUUUUUGGGAUGAGAUCAAACUUGCCACACUUGAUAACAAAAUGGGAAGUAGGAUAAUGAUCACAUGCAGGAACUUGGAAGUUGCCAAUUAUUGUAAGAAAGAUUCCCAUGUUCAAGUACUAAAGUUGCAACCCUUGCCUGAAAAUAAAGCAUGGGAACUCUUCUGCAAGAAAGCAUUUCAUCUUGAUUUUAAUGGAAAUUGUCCAUCAGAGCUGGAAGAAAUGUCCAAGGAGAUUGUUAAAAAAUGUGAGGGGUUACCCCUUGCAAUUGUGGCCAUUGGAGGUCUUAUGUCAACAAAAGACAAAACUGUGUUUGAAUGGAUAAAAUUAUGCCAAAACCUUAGUUUUGAACUAGAGAGAAAUCCCCAUUUAACUAGUUUAACUAGAAUUUUAGCCCUCAGUUAUGAUGACUUGCCUUACUAUUUGAAAUCAUGUAUCUUGUAUUUUGGAAUAUAUCCAGAGGACUACUCCAUCAGGUGCAUGAGAUUGGUUAGGCAAUGGAUAGCUGAAGGGUUUGUCAUAUAUGAGGAGGGAAAAACUUUGGAGCAAGUUGCAGAAAAGUACUUGAAAGAGUUGAUCGACAGAAGCUUGGUUCAAGUCUCCAAAAAUAACUAUGAUGGUAAAGCAUCAAGUUGCCGAGUCCAUGAUUUCAUACGUGAUAUGGUCAUCAAAAAAAUGAAGGACUUAAAUUUCUGUCGUGUUGUUCGUGAAGAUGAUCAACCAACCGUUGAUGCAACAACUCGACGCUUGGCCAUAGCAACUAGUUCCUGUGAUGUUCUUGCAUGGAUUGCACAAGUGAAUUGCAAGUUCCGGUCCAUGUAUAUGUUUGAAGCAGCAAGUGAAUUGCCAGAUCAAUUUUUGAGUGGAUUCUUUGCAAAAUCUAAGCUUUUGAAAGUGUUGGAUUUGGAAGGGUCAUCAUUGAGUUAUGUUCCUAAUGAUUUGGGGAGUAAUUUUCACUUGAGGUACUUGAGCUUGAGGAAAACAAAUAUUAAGAUCAUUCCAAAAUCCAUAGGUGAACUUCAAAACCUAGAAACCUUGGAUCUGAAAGAAACACAAGUGCAUGACUUACCAAGUGAGAUAAACAAGCUUAAAAAGUUACGCCAUCUUUUAGUUUACUACAGAGGUGUGACUUUAGGUUUUAGUGGUGAAACUGGAGUGCGGUUGAAGGGAAGUAUUGGAAACUUGACAUCUCUACAAAAGCUUUGUCAUGUGGAGGCAGACCAUGGUGGAUUAAACCUAAUAACAGAGCUAAGAAAGUUGAGACAGUUAAGGAAGUUAGGCUUAAAGAAUGUGAAGAGAGAAUUCCGAACCGCGCUGUGUGACUCAAUAAAGGAGAUGAUCUGCCUUGAAUCUCUUUAUAUUAGUGCAAUAAGUGAAGAUGAAAUCAUAGAUUUGCAGUUUAUUUCAUCUCUCCCUAAACUUAGAAGACUUCACUUGUUUGGUGGCUUAGAAGAGUUGCCAAAUUGGGUUCCAAGGCUUGAGCUUCUUGUUAGGUUGUCAUUCCGAUAUUCCAAGUUGAAGGAUGAUCCCCUGAAGUCACUUAAGGAUCUGCCAAAUUUGCUGCGUCUCUCAAUUACAUGUGAUGCGUAUGUUGGUGAAAUGUUGCAUUUUGAAGUGGGAUUUCAGAAAUUAAAGAGACUAUAUCUUAUAGAGUUGAAUAAUGUGAAUUCUAUUGUUAUAGACAAUGGAGCUUUACCUGCUCUUGAUCGAAUGCAAUUGAUGCGCAUGCCUCAACUAAAGGAGAUUCCCUCUAGCUUCCACCUACUUGAAAACCUUGAAACAUUGUAUUUGACUUAUAUGCCCCAUGAGUUCAUCCAAAGCAUUGAUCCAAAUCAUGGAUCCAAGUAUUGGGUCAUCAAACAUGUGCCUUUUGUAUCUAUCAAAUAGAAUGUUUGGUACAGCUAUUCAGUCAUUCACAUAUGAAGAACAACGGGUAUACUGAGUGUUCUGGAGCUAUACGAUGAAUGGUGUUAUUUAGAUAUCUUCUUUUUUUCUUUUGGUAUAUUAAAGGGCUAAGGAAGAAGGUGUUAUUUCUCUUUCUGCUACGUAUAUGCCAUUGUAAGCGUUAUUUCAGCCUUUUGUAUGUACUAUUGUUUGUGGUGGGAAUUGUGGAUUGUUUCACUCUUACAAGAUUUGUACUUUUGAUAUGGUGAAUCAUUAA